AUGCUCGCCGAUUCGUUCUCCAAGACUGCUGUUUUGGCGCUGGCCGCCAUGGCCCAUGCCACGCCCUUCUCCUGGGGGACCGGCGGCUGGGAGGCUGGCAACUUUAAGCCCAGCAAGUUUGAGCACGGCAAGUUUGAGCAUGGCAACUAUGACCACGGCAACUGGGACCACGGCAACUGGGACCACGGCGACUGGCAGCCCGGCCAGGAAGAGUCCGGCCAGGAAGAGCCCGGCAAGGUCGAGCCCGGCCAGGAAGAGCCCGGCAAGACUGAGCCCGGCCAGCCUGAGCCCAGCGAGACUGAGCCUGGCGAGACUGAGCCCGGUGCGGGCGGCAGCAGCGACUUCAAGAGCCAGAUGCUCGCCGCUCACAAUUGGUACCGCGGACAGCACUCGGCCGCCGCGCUGAAGUGGGACGACAACCUGGCUAGCAAGUCUCUCGCCUGGGCAUCCAAGUGCUCCGAGAACCCUCGCCACGAUACUGACCGGAAAUACGGUGAGAACAUUGCUUGGGGCACAAGUGUGUCCGCCUCGUACGAAUGGGUCAACCUCUGGGGCAAGGAGCGCACCCAAUACAAAUUUGACCAGCCUGGCUUCGGUGGCAAAACGGGCCACUUUACGCAGCUCGUGUGGAAGGGCACCACGAGCGUGGGCUGCGCCGAGGCCAAGUGCAGCUAUGGCACCAACGUCGUCUGCAAGUACGAUCCCCCGGGCAACAUGAUGGGCGAGAAUGGCAAGUACUUCCGCGAGAAUGUUGUUCCUCAGACUAGCGGUCAGAUCAGUGACCAGUACCGGCCUUGA